GCUGGAAAGACAGGCCCCGGGGCGGUGUGUGUCAGGAGAGGGAAGGCGGGACGGGACGGCUGCGGUCGCCGUGCCUGCUCUGGUAAUCGCCGUCUCGCUGGAAACUUUCUCCUCAGCGGCCCUUCCCGCCCCUGGCCCGCCGAGCCGGCCCCGGCCGGGAGAAGAGGGCUCCUCGCGGGCAGCCGGGGCCGAGGCCGCACCGCCCUCCCCUGCGCCGCGAUGGAUUCCGGCGGCGAGACCUACGAGCUCAACGGGCAGGCGGAGGGCGCGGAGCAGGCGGUCGUCGAGCGGCGCAGAACGUCGCAGUGGUUUCAAAGAAAUGGACCUAUGAAUAUCAACCACUACGCAAAUAAGAAGAGCGCGGCAGAGAGCAUGUUGGACAUUGCCCUGCUGAUGGCCAACGCAUCCCAGCUGAAAGCCGUGAUGGAGCAAGGACCUUCUUUUUCCUUCUACAUCCCACUUAUCGUUCUUAUCAGCCUGUCGCUCACACUGCAAGUUAUGGUGGGAGUACUCCUGAUAUUCCUUGUAAAAUAUGACCUUAACAACCCUGCAAAGCAUGGAAAGCUGGAUUUCCUCAACAACCUUGCAACUGGACUAGUAUUCAUUAUAGUAGUUGUGAAUAUUUUUAUCACUGCCUUUGGAGUGCAGAAGCCAGUUGCUGAGUCAGCGUCACGACACUAAGUAUGAGAGACCUGAAACAUUCAUUCUCGAUGCCAUUUGCACUUGAGCCAGUUACACUUGGACACAGUGGGGGAAAAAAAAUAAUCUGAAGAAGCUGGACAUACUGAGCAGCUUUCUCAAGUUUCCAACAACUAAGGUGUACCUAAAAUGUUCCCAUGUGUUAAUAUUUAAACUGUUUGGCAUCUAAAGAAAGGUUGAUUUUGACCCAAGGACAUUGUUUUCCUGGAAUAUUGGCAUUCACUUUCUGUAGAAUCUAAUUGUUUUUCACAGAAGUGGCAUAAGCGCAUCAAACAAAGUAAUAUCAACGUGUGGCACUUCACAGGAUUUCCCAUUUUCCAUGCCUUUUGUUUUUGUGGCAAUUUGUCAUUUCCACCGUGGUAAGAAACAACAGGCUUUCGGUUCUGGCUUGGUCACGUUGUCCUUCAUUUCACUCGCUUGGCACCAAACCCACGCACUCGCCCACCAUAGGCCAAGGUAGCUGUGCCUUGGUUUCUUUUUUCCCCCCUCUAGCCAAAGCAAAGGUGAGGCAAACAGAAAGAGCAGGCCACCCUUGUGCAGCUGUGCUCACGGGUACUCGCUUGGCCUCUUCCUUCAUCUCUGGAGCACACUUACAAUUUCCUCUCCUUUGUGCACAGACACACAAAUCACCUAAUUGCUGAUGGGUUUUUUACUAUUAAUUGCUAUACUCUGUAUUCUGUGCAUGAUAUGUACUCCUGGAAACCCUGUUAGAAGUGCUACCUUCUCUAGGCUCAACUGGAAAACUAGAGGAUACAGGGAGAGCUCCACCUGCUAAACUGGUACGGAGUGCUGUCAGCAGUCCAGGUAGCAAACUGAAAGAAAUUUGUCCCUCUCUGACUUACUUUUCCCUCUUCCCAAGAUUGAUUGCUGCAGCUGUGUUGCUCUUACGAGUUUAUGGCUAAAAGCAUAGCUAAUUUUUUAAAUUUUAUUUUUAAAUAUAUAUAGAGAGAGAUAUAAGUAUCUUCUAGGUUCUUACCUGCUGGCUCAGGGACUGACACUUUUUCUAAAGACGCUGUUUCUAGUAAUGGUGUAGGUUAUCAAAAUUUCUACAAACGGAAACAUUUCGGUCGCUUUAUUUCCGAAGUAUCACGCCUGUGAUCAGAAAAAUCCUAGCUUUCUAGAUUGUGCUUACUUGUAGAUGCAGAUUUGUACUAAGACAUUUCCUUACUGUUAAUUUUAAGUGCUCCCCUGCACAUCUUAAUAGAAGUUUGACUUCCAUGUGUCUCAUCUCACAAUUUUUAUUGAUCACAUUUCUCUUUAGUUAUAUCUCAAGGCUCGUGGCUGUACCAUAUCUUCAUUUACAUGUUCUGUAAGAAUUACUAACAGAAAACAAAUCAGAAACUUGUGUAAUUAGUAACAGAAUAGACAUUCUUUUUUAUUAUUUAAUUCACCUUUUAUUGCUUCAUUUCCAACUUAACAUGUAUUUAACCAGUAUCUACCAAGCAGUGGUUAUAAUCGCGCAUGUUGUACUAAUUUAAACGGAGCUCAGAACAAGUUCUGAACGAGGUACUCAGGACAAUUUUCUUUAUUUAUUUUUUACAAACCAGCGAGCUGUUGAGGGACUGUUCCUACGUACUUGUGCUGUCGCGGUAGUGUAGUGAAUUGACAGGCCAAAUGGCAGUGCUGAAAACUGUAACAACCUGGGCAGUAAUUUUGGUAAGGUUCCUGACUGUACCGCCUUGGUUACCUUUCACCUUUUUACUCUCUGGAAUAUUUGCCCGUCUGUGCAUCCGAUCCCGCCUGGAGAGGCUCUCUGGAGGCAGCUACCUCUCUUCUGCGUGGGGGACUUUGUACCCAAGCUAGAUGUCUGGAGCAGUUGCUUUGUGUUGUCCUGAAUACGUAACCUGUCCAAGAGAGAGUUACUUUUAACUUGGGUCUGAACAUUAGGUAUUUUCCACUGCCAGAUUUGCAUCAUUCUAGUUUUUUAAGCAAGAGAUAAAAAUAGGAAGAACUGUGUUUGUGGCCCUAGCUAAUCCUCUCACUUUUUGACUUGUCCCACUCCCCAAAGGCAGACGCCCAGGCUCUACUGGCGUUUACCACAUCUACCCGUGGUGGUGAGUCGGCCCAGUUUUGACUGUAGCGUUCCAUUCCUGUGCUAUGUACUGCCACGGCCCUCUAACGAGCAUGGCUGUGCUUGUCUUGCACUGCAACACCUGACAGCAGUCAGAGGGGGGUGCAGAACGGACACACCACGUCUUUUCCCGUGUUAUUCCCCUCGUUGCGGGACCAUAUUUUUCAGGUUACUCAAGCAAACAGGCUGUUAUAGUAGGCUCCUCCUGAAAAAGAUAAUAUUUGUUAUUAUAGCACCUUUACUGCUAAGCUGUUGUCCAACAGAAACUGCCAGGGCUUGUGUAUCCCAUCUCGCAGCGGCGUGGGGAGCCGCCUGGAUCCAGAGCUGGGGGGGGGGGCACGCGCCAGGCGACCACUUGCAAGCUACAGAUUCCGGUGGACUUUGCGAGACGCGGCGUUUGGGACAUACAAGAGGGAAAGGAAAAAUACUUUGAGCUUGACCAUGUUGUUGGGUGCCACGAGCUGGAUGUGGAGAUCUGCGCUAAGGGGUAGGUGGCUGUUGACGGCAGGUCUGCCAGAGCCAGGGUCCACACAACAACCACCCCCACCCCCCGUGACUCCUCCCGAGCUCCUGAACGUGUGGCUGAAGCGUCACAGCGGAGAUCCUUGCAACUUCGGAGCCUGCUCUCUUGGUUCUAAACACACGAAAACCCGAUCUGAAAGCCAUCCACCUGACUAUGAGACUGUGCUGGGCAUCAGCAGUAUGCAACUUGCAACUGGAUGUCUUUUUUUAAAUAAAAAAGAUGCUGGUU